AGUUCAAGCCGUUCUUGCAUUCAAUUGUUUUUUUUUUAUUAAUAUUUUUGUUAUUGUUAUUGUUAAUUGUUGUGCUAGUGACACAUGGCUCUUUAGAAUGUCGACAAGCCAUUAUAUUUACUGUUAUCUGAGCAUCUUGCUGUGCGCCUUAGCCGCGGCCAAUAGCGAUGAGAGCAACAGCAUAAGCGGCAACAGCAAAUGGUAUUGUGAGAGCACAGACCUCUGCCUGGAGGAGGAUGGCCAGGACGAGAAGCCGCAGGGAGUGCGAAAAGAGCCACGCAAAUACUUUGAGAGUCAAAACGAUUGCCGCUUAUCCUGCGGCAAGUACGGAGCCAUCUGGCCCAUGCCCACGGGCGAGUGCAGUUUGUCGCAUGAGCGCGUGCACUUUGAUCCCUGGAAGGUGCGCUUCAAUGUGGUGGCACCCAAUGAGGCCACUACGCAAUUUCUGCGCGAAACAAAUCGCUUGUUUGUCAGCAAUCUGCUCAAGGAGUGCCAUCGAAACUGCACGCUGACCACCAGCAAGGAGGUGCUGGUGAAGGCGACGGUGACGGACGCCACACUGAAGCUGGACUGGAGCACCGACGAGAGCUAUAGAAUGGUGGUGCGCACCACAGACACCGCCAGCUUUGUGGACAUCAGGGCAGCCACACCGUAUGGCGCCAGGCAUGCCUUUGAAACGUUGAGCAAUCUGGUCACAGGCAGUCGCAGCAACAAUGGACUGCUGAUGGUGAGCGCAGCACGCGUCGAUGAUCGUCCAUUUUAUCCACACCGUGGUCUGCUGCUGGACACUUCGCGUAAUUUCCUGCCUUUGAGAUAUAUCCGCAGUACGCUGGAUGCCAUGGCGACGUCCAAGUUGAAUGUCUUGCACUGGCAUGUGGUCGAUACGCACAGCUUUCCGCUGGAGAUAACACGUGUGCCGGAGAUGCAGCGCUAUGGCGCCUAUUCGCAAGCGCAGACCUACUCUCGCGCCGAUGCAGUGAAUCUGGUUAAAUAUGCGCGUCUGCGUGGCAUACGCAUACUGCUGGAAAUCGAUGGACCCUCGCAUGCGGGCAAUGGCUGGCAGUGGGGUCCAGCGGCGGGCUUGGGCAACAUGUCCGUUUGCCUGAAUCAAGCGCCUUGGCGCAAUUAUUGCGUGCAGCCGCCUUGUGGCCAAUUGAAUCCCAUCAAUGAUCACAUGUAUGCCGUUUUAAAGGAAAUACUGGAGGAUGUGGCCGAGCUGGGCGCGCCUGAGGAAACCAUACACAUGGGCGGCGAUGAGGUCUAUAUACCCUGCUGGAAUCGCACGGAGGAGAUUACGACACAGAUGAAGGCACGUGGAUAUGACUUGAGCGAGGCUAGCUUCUUGCGGCUCUGGUCACAGUUUCAUCAGCGCAAUCUGGAGGCCUGGGAUGAUAUCAAUCAACGCAUGUAUCCCAGCUUAAGUGAGCCUAAGCCGGUUAUACUCUGGUCCAGUCGCCUCACCGAUCCUGAGCACAUUGAGCAGAUGCUGCCAAAGGAACGUUUUGUCAUACAAACUUGGGUGAAUGCACAGGAUUCUAUCAAUCGUCAGCUUUUGCAGCGUGGCUAUCGCCUGUUGCUGUCCACCAAGGAUGCUUGGUACUUGGAUCAUGGCUUCUGGGGCAGCACUCGCUACUAUAAUUGGCGCAAGGUAUAUGGCAAUAUACUGCCAGUGGAUACGAAGACUGGUGCUAUGCGCCAAGUGCUGGGCGGCGAGGUGUGCAUGUGGAGCGAAUAUGUGGAUCAGAAUUCACUGGAGGCGCGCAUUUGGCCCAGAGCUGGCGCUGCAGCAGAGCGUCUUUGGUCGAAUCCAAAGAGUUCCGCCGAUUUGGCACAACGCCGCUUUUAUCGCUAUAGAGAAAGGCUUUUAGCCCGUGGCGUGCAUCCAGAUGCUGUGGUGCCACAUUGGUGUGUGCUGCAUGAGGGCCAGUGCCUCUAAAAAAAGAAACUGUAAACAAUUAAUAAAAACGUGGACAAAAUACAAACAACUCGUUGCAUUUAAACUUGCGCUUUAAGCGUUGCCAGACUGCGUUUGAGCAGUUGCACUGUUAGCACUAUGUUAUGGUUUAACAGCGCAGCUUAUCGGACUUAUCGAUUA